AUGGCCGCAGAAGGAGUUCCGAUAGAGGACAGUGAUGAUGAUUUGCCGGUGCUUGAAGCAGUUCCAGGGCCGGCGCUGCCGGCGUCAGGAAAUCCGUUUUCUCCUGCGAGUGCAAGCCCCGAGGGUACCAUUGUCAUGACCCUCAGCAUGCUGAGUGACAUUAUGCAGCAGCUUGCAAGUGCAACCAAAACAGCCAGUGAAGCAGCCGCCGCUGCAGUUGCAAACUCGUCUCGCGGGUCAGGUUCCGAGGGUCAGGGCUUCACCGCUGCCAGCAAGAUUCUCAAGUAUCCUUCAGAUUUUGGUUCUGAGAGCCACGAGACAGACCUGAACCAGUGGCAGGAUUUUACGCACCAGCUGAAAAGCUGGCUCAUUUUUGCUGAAUCUGCUUUUGAAGCUGACUUGGCCGCUAUUGAGGCGAACCUCGGAACACCUGCCGCGCUUUCUUCUAUGACUGCAGAGCAAGCCACGCGUUCUAUGAAGCUUUAUGCAAUUCUUCCUUCUAUUUUGAAGCAUCGGCCAAAAGCUAUCUUGAAAGAGGUUGAGAACCGCUGUGGAUACGAAGCCUGGAGAAGGCUUACAAAUGCACAUGCCCCCAAGACUCGAGCGAGGUCCAUGGCAGUGUUAUCGGCAUUGAUGCAAACGCCGCACUUCACCAAAGACAGAACUAUGAGGGAGCAGAUACAAAACAUGGAGAGAGUAGCAGCUGAGUAUGCCAAGAUCAGUGGCCAGACAGUGGGCCCUGAUGUCAUGCUCGGCACCCUCAUCAGGGUGCUGCCGGCGCAGGUGAGGCAGCGCUUGCAGCUGUCAUUGACCGAGAGCUCGAGCUAUGCAUCGGGAUUGCAGCCACUGGACGUUGACCAGGUAGGUGCCAUCACGCGCAAAGGCAAGGACAAAGGGAAGGCCAAAGGAAAGGGAAAGGACAAAGGGAAGCCCAAAGGAGCGAAGGGAGACCACAAAGGAAAGAAGGGCAAGGCGGAUGGCAACCGGGACACGAAGGGCAAAGGAAAGCAACAGCAGCAGCAGCAGCAGCAGCAGCAGCAGCAGCAGAAGCAAUCUGUGUGUCACAAUUGCGGCCGGCCGGGCCACUUUGCUCGUGAUUGCUGGCGGCCCCGUCAGGUUCAGGACGUCACCGUGGAUGCGACGAUGCAACCAGGCCAGGCCAGCACCGCUGCUGCCAGUACGAAUGUUCCCUCGAGUGCUUCUAGUGCUGCGCCUUCCUUGCCGAGCACAGCCGUGCGCCAAGUGAUUGCUUCGCCCUUCGUGUGUGACAUGUCUGACCUUGAACUGCCUAGUGAGCCCAGCCGCCUUUGCAUGGUUUCGGUUGCCAGUGCCAGUGAACCUGAGCAUUUCAGCUCGACUCCUCCGAUGACGACGGUGUGUGGACCUUACCUGCUUAUGAAGACGUUGCUGUGA